UAUGUUCCCCUUUCUCAUCAUUCUUCUCAUAUUAUUCCAAAUAUGGCAAAGCCACUUCUAAUUUUUGUAAUUUUGAUUCUAAGUCUUAUAUUUUCAUGUUCAGCUACUAACUACAUUGUGGGUGAUAGUUCUGGCUGGGAUAUUAGUACUGAUCUUGAUACAUGGUUAGUAGGAAAGAAAUUCAAUGUUGGUGAUGUUCUUGUGUUUCAAUAUUCGUCGUUCGAUAGUGUGUCUGAGGUAACGAAGGAGAAUUUCGAGGGGUGCAACACGAGCAACGUGCUAGAUUCUAGUAAAAAUGGGAACACAUCUUUCCCAUUGACAACCCCAGGGGACAGAUAUUUUGUUAGUGGGAAUAGGCUACAUUGUCUUGGAGGAAUGAAACUUCAUGUAAAUGUAGACAAUUACAUUGCAGCAUCACCAGCUGCAGCACCAGAAGCAGAAGCAGGGGCCUCAUUUCCUUCUUCUAAGAGCAAUAAUCCCUCAGUUGUUCCUAGUUUUGCAUUGUCCAAUCAUGUUAGAUUGGAUUCUCUACUCCUUAUAACUCUUGGCCUUUUGUCCUUGGCAAUUUCACUAGUGUAAAGUUGAGGAUUUUCACAUUUUGAAGGUGUAUUUUGACUUGUUUGA